AUGUCUGCGUGAGUUUUAUAACAUGAGCAAUUCUGAAUUUCUCUGAUAUGAGCAAUGAUUUUCCUGAUCUGAGCAAUGAUUUUCAUAAUCUGAGCAAUCAAUUUUUUACCUGAGUAAUCGAUUGCUCUAAUCUGAGCAAUGAAGUUUUUCUAAUAUGAGCAAUGAAGUUUUUCUAAUCUGAGCAAUCGAUUGCUCUAAUCUGAGAAAUAAAUAAUGUUAACCUGAGCAAUGUAGUUUCUAAUCUGAGCAAUAAAUAAUGUUAACCUGAGCAAUGUAGUUUUAACCUGAGCAAUAAUUUUCCUAACCUGAGCAAUGCUCCAAAAUCAAAUUCCAGAAAUUUUUACGCCGACUUUGAAGAGGCGGAUCGUCUGAUUUCGGAAUUUCAAGAAUAUUCGCGUGCGACUCCAGCGACGCCGCCUGCGACAAAAUCGCCGUCCGAAAAAUCGCGAGUCUAUUAUGUGCGCAACAAAAAUUCGAAUUCGCGCAAAAAUUGUAAGCCACGCCCCCUUUGCAACUUCGCCGCAUGCUUUUUUUUUUGCAGCCUUAGCCGAGCUGGAGCAUUGUUGUAAGUUAGAGAAGCAGACAACCAGAGAACAAGGAGCGUAUUUGGGAAUUAUGACGAUUAGAGAUGCAGAGAAGGUGAGAGACGCAGAGGAGGGAGGAGAAUUUUGGCGGGAAAUUUUUGAAUUUUUCAGAAAAAAAUUUGAACUCAAAAAAUUUGGCGGGAAAUUUUCAAAUUUUUCCUGCCAAAAUUCAGAAUUCAAAUUUUCUUCUGAAAAAUUCGAAAUUUUUGAAUCCGGAACAUUUUAGCGCGAAAAUUUCAAAUUCAAAAAUUUAGAAUUUUUUAGAAGAAAAAUUUGAAUUCCAAAUUUUGGCGGGAAAUUUUUGAAUUCAAAAAUUUUCAGAAGAAAAAUUUUGGCGGGUAAUUUUUGAAUUUAAAAAUUUUCAGAAGAGAUUUUGGCGCGAAAAUUUUUGAAUUCAAAAAUUUCGAAUUUUCCAGAAGAAAAUUUGAACUCAAAAUUUUUGGCGGGAAAUUUUUGAAUUCGAAAUUUUCAAAAAUUCAAAUUUUCCCCCAUUUCCCGCUCCCAAAACCCCACGCAAUUUUGCAGAAAAUUUCAAAAUCCGGAAAUUUCGCCAUAUAUCACCGUCUGCCAAUCGCCUCAGCCACCGAUUUUUGCUCGAAUCGUCUUCAGAGUUGCGAAAACUUGGAGCCAUUUCCAACUUUGUACUUGAAUGUGGUGUAUUUGGACUCGAAAAAUCGAUAUCGGUUAGGUUUUUGCUGAAAUUUGGCUGAAAUUUUCAAGAAAAUGAGAUGAAACCAAGCAUUUUGAUAUAAAAUUUGAUAAUUUUCGAAAACAGAAAGUGCGCUCCAUUGAGAAUGCUCGAAAAUUAUCAAAUUUCAUAUCAAAAUGCGCGGUUUUUUCAAAUUUUCAAAAUUUUUCACCCAAAAAUCCCCAAUUUUCAGCCAUUAUCCAAUAAUUGAAGUCGCCCUGAAAGGUCAGAUGUUUUUCCAAGUUUCAACCGUGAUUUCGCCGAAAAUCAAAAAAAUUCCGGAACGUGAGCCGCGAUUUUUGAGCGUCGAAAAGUUGCUCGAUCAUUACACGUGAGUUUUGAGGGUUUUAUCAGUGGAGCGCAUUUUCAUUCAACCAUUUUUGGUGGGAAAUUUGAAAAAUUCAAAUUUCUCGUCAAAAGAUUCAUUUUUCUCCUUGAAAAUUUGAAUUUUCAAUUUUUCGCGCUCAAAAUUCUCAUUAGAGCGCAUUUGAUUCAUUUUUCUUCUUGAAAAUUUUAAUUUUCAAGUUUUCGCACUCAAAAUUAUCAGUGGAGCGCACUUUCUUCUAUUUUCAAAACUAAAAUUUGAAUUUUUCUCAUUAGAGCGCACUUUCCUCAAAAAUAUAGGCGCCGAAUUUGAAAAUUUUCAAUUUUUCUCCUGAAUUUGCAUUAGAGCGCAUUUGAUUCAUUUUUCUCCACAGCAAACCUUGGAAAAUUUGAAUUUUCAAUUUUUUCCCGCCAAAAUUAUCAUUGGAGCGCAUUUUCCUCCUGAAACUUUUGGCUAACUUUUGAAAAUUCAAAUUUCCCGCUGAAAUUCUUAUUAGAGCGCACUUUCCUUCUCAAACGUUCGAAAAUUUGAAUUUUCAAUUUUUUCCCGCCAAAAUUAUCAUUGGAGCGCAUUUUCCUCCUGAAACUUUUGGCUAAAUUUUGAAAAUUCAAAUUUUUCUCCUGAAUUUGCAUUAGAGCGCCCUUUCCCCCCAGUUUUUCCCGCGAAAAUUAAAAAAAUUCAAAUUUUCUUCCAGAAAAUUCGCCUACGGUUAUCAUUUCGAUGAAAACGGUGGAAUUGAAGUCGAUGUGUUUCCAGCGCAAAGAAAAUAA